ACAAUAUUCGUUUUCUGCUGGCCACGUUUCGUUCAGUUUGUAGGUAGCUUUGAGAAGAACUGUGUUAUCAAUUUUUCGAAACAUUUUUCAUCUUGAAUCAAAACGUUGGCAAUAUGGGAGAAGUGGAAUUCAGCAAAGGCGACGAGUACAAAGUAAAAAUGGUCGAUGGAGGCGAAUUUAAGGAGCCUGGCGGUGGAAUUCGUAAACCAAGCCGUGAAGAAAUAGACGAAUACAGAAUUCAUCGUAUUGUUGUUAUGGUCAUAUUUGCCUUGGUAGUGAUUCUCUUGCUAUUGUUAAUAGUUAUUCUUAUGGCAACGACAGAAGGAUGCAAGCCCGAAAAGAAAAUGCCUUGGUACAAAUCUGGUGUUAUGUACAACAUUUAUCCUCGAUCCUUCAAAGACUCUGUAAAGAACGACGGUGUUGGCGACUUUAAAGGAAUCAUCGAAAAGCUUAGCUAUCUGAAAGGUCUCGGUGUCAAUAUACUUUACCUAAGUUCUAUCUUCCAUGUCGACAAGACUGUUGAUUACGGAUAUUCAGUCAUAGAUUUUAAAGACACCAACAGCGAUUAUGGCACAAUAGAAGAUUUCUCAAAAUUAGUCGAGAGUGCACAUGAACAAGAUAUGAAAGUCAUCAUCGAUUUCAUUCCUGCAGUUACGUCAACAAAACAUCCGUGGUUUAAUUCAAGCCAACAGCGUAAAGAUGGUAAGGAAGAUUGGUAUGUAUGGAUGGACAAUAAUCAAACUAGCGCAAAAGGAAAAUGGUUCAAUGACAUAGAAAGAGGACAGUAUUAUUUACAUCCAAGCGAUUCCCAUAGCAAAGCAAACCUCAACUGGACAAAUGCUGAUGUUCAAAAGGAGAUGGAAAGCGUUUUUGAGUUUUGGCUUAAAAAGAACGUGGAUGGUUUCCAUAUUGUUUCUAUUCAAAAUCUUUUUGUUGGAAAUCCAAUAAAUGAGUGGGACAAAAUACAUAUGCUUGUUCAAAAAUGGCAUAACUCAACAAAGAAGAUUCUUCCAGAUAGCAUUCUCAUGGGCACAUCACAUCCAACAAAUCUUGAACUUUAUGGAACAAAUAGCCAACCAGAGCUAGACAUUGUGGUUAACCUAAAACUUGUACCAGAAAAAUCAGAUACCUUUUACAAUGCUAAAAAUUUUAAGAACAUCAUUGAUAGUUAUAUUAACAAACUCAGAAAGGGAAACUGGCCUAGUUGGACACUGAGCAGCUUGUUUCAUCAACGUGUUGCAUCUAAUGUUAACUACAAACUGGCCAAAUCAUUGCAAUCACUUCUAAUGGUGUUACCUGGGACACCAAUUUUAUUUUAUGGGGAUGAAAUUGGCAUGAAAGAUGUUUCAAGCCCACUUGUUAACCAAGUGGACUACAAUAAAGCUCCUAUGCAAUGGAAUGGAAAUGAGAAAGGAGGUUUUACGUCUUCCAAUAAGACUUGGUUUGGUGAAUUUGGUAAUGUAUCUCGUACGAAUGUCGAGCUUGACCAACUUGGCAUUUUGAAGACAUUAAAAAAAGCUUUAAAUCUUCGUAAGGAGAAUGCUAUUGAUCUCUUGGAUGCCCCAUUAUCAAAUUUCACUAUCGAAACUACAAAUAAUGUGCUUGCUUUUACAUUUAAUGAUAAAACAUCAAGAUUUGCUGUAGUUCUCAAUUUUGUCAAAGACAUAGCAAAAAUUGAUCUUGAAAAUACUCUGGGUAUAAAAAAGGCACAACUAAAGUUUUACACACAUGAUGUAAAGCCCAGUUUUGUCAACAUGAAAGAUUUAUCUAUACCAGGAUAUGCAUUAUGUGUAUUCCAAGUUACAGGAAAAAUGUGAUGAUGGUUUAUUUAGUUAAUUUUACUGACACUGUAGAUUUAUUGUUUGUUGAGUCCAUAUGAUUGACUUAUUUAGUGGUUUAAUCUUUUGAAAAUAAAAGGUUUGUUGAAAAUUUAUUAUUAAAGGUCAAAGUUACAAAAUGAA